AUGAUAGAGAAUGAGCUUUCUGUCAGGGCCAUGUAUAGUCCCAUCACCGAUGCUGAGCUUGACUAUUUGGUUUCUGACAUUAAGCGUGAUUUACCAAAUGCAGGCUACAGAAUGGUAAAAGGCCGACUGGAUUCUCUGGGACACAGAGUUCCAUGGAGAAGAGUUGCUGCCUGCAUGCACAGAGUUGAUUCCAUAGGUAUCAUCUCAAGACUGUCCAGUCUUGGCUGUGUCAUACGCAGAGUUUACUCUGUACCAGGGCCCUUGUCCCUGGUACAUGUGGACACAAAUCACAUGUUGAUCAGAUACAAUAUUGUCAUAUUUGGAGGAAUCGAUGGUUUUUCGAGAAAGAUACUGUACUUAAAUGCAGCGACCAACAACUGUGCUUCAACAGCAUUUCACUUCUUUCUGGAGGCCACUCAACAACAUGGUUUACCCUCAAGGGUACGAGCUGACCAGGGAGUAGAGAACGUGGACAUCGCCCGGUUUAUGUUCACAGUCCGUGGCAACAAUCGUGGAAGUUUCAUCUCGGGAAAGAGUGUCCACAAUCAAAGGAUAGAGCGGUUAUGGCGAGAUUUGUGGAUCUCUGUAUCGUUCAAGUAUUCCAACCUUCUGUAUUCGCUUGAAGAAAAUUACAUACUGGACAUCUCGUCCAUAGACGACAUAUUCUGUGUCCACUACGCAUUUCUUCCAAGACUCAAAAAAGACUUGGAGAUCUUCACUGAAGGCUGGAACCACCAUCCAAUGCGCACUGAGGGAAACCGAAGUCCGAUGCAGAUGUGGGAAUGUGGACAGAUGUUGAACAACAGUGAUGCUCAUUCUGAGAACAUUGCAGAUCUUCAAGAGCCGGACAUUGAUUGGGAGACUGCGGCUGAUUAUAAUGGCAACGACUUGGAACCUGAAACUGACAUUGUGGUGCCUGAAUAUGAUUGCCCUCUAACUGAGGAGGAGCUGAAUGAACUCCAAACUCUCAUUGAUCCGAAUGACCCAAACUUGACAAAUGAACAACUAUACAUUGUCUGCCAUGAACAUGUGAAACGACUGCGCAUACAAUGAGUUUGGAGUUCAUUCAUCCCCACUGAGCAAAGACUGAUCCAAAACACAUCUCCAAGGCAUCACCUCUCUACUU